AUGGCCACCGCUGCUACCACAACCACAACUGACCAAAACCGUAACUCUGAAGACAAUGAUAUAGGACACCGUACGAUCAGGGCUCGACAUCGGCGAAAUACUUCAGCGAUAGAACAGGAUCCUCGCUUCUAUUCAGGGAGGAAUCCGGUUCCGCGGAUCGAGUCGUUGUGGACAGAUGUAUACGCAAAUGAAAGAGAAAGCAGCCCAGAGGACAACGGGAAGAGGGAAGAAGAGCGAAAGAGAAAAGUAGUAGAGAACUCAAAGAAAGUAGUAGAUCCUAUAACGGGAAGAAGUGUCCAAAUAUGUGACGCAAAAUAUGCACCACCCCCAGAAAUCGAGAAAACACACCCAGAAGUACACCCACCACAAGCAUGGCACCAGUUCAUGGAAGAGCUCCGCGACCUAACCCUGAAAUAUAUCGUCUUUGUAAUGACCACCUUCAUCAUCCUCAAUGGCUGUCUCCCUCUGCCAUACUCGAUCUCCAUUUUCAUCACCAUCGCCGGUGGUGUAACCUGGUGGAGAAAUGUUGAGAGCGUCUGGACGGACAUCAUCCACAACGCGCAAACCACCCAAGGAAUCGACCGCAUGCACAUUCAGGGCACUGAAGGAAACGAGUCUGCUGAAUGGCUCAACGGGACCAUAGCGAAACUGUGGCCUCAAGUCAACGCAGAUCUUUUUUCAUCGAUGGUGGAUCUUCUCGAGGAUGUGAUGCAGGCAUCGAUACCAUCGAUUGUGAAUGAGGUAAAGGUCACAAAUGUGGGGCAGGGAACGAAUCCCAUCAGAAUUUUAUCACUGAGAUGGUUAAAUGAAAGCGAAGUUCCGGGUGGCCCGACGGAGUGGUUGAAUGAGCAGGAAGAAGUGGGAGAGUGGGCGGCAUUGGAAGUUGCAUUUGCGUAUAGGGCGAGCCCGAGUGGUUCAAGCGCUGCAAGCAAGGCGAAAAAUGCAAAUCUGUUGAUACACCUCACGUUUGGUGUGAAGGGGGUGAUGGGAACACCGAUACCGGUUUGGGUUGAGCUUCGGGGAUGCACAGGGAUAUGCCGUGUAAAAAUUCAACUAAUUCCAGAUCCACCAUUCGUCAAGCUAGCCACAUUCUCCUUUAUGGGUAUGCCCAAAAUCGAGAUCGCUGCCGUCCCACUCAAUCAGCGUUUCUUCAACGUCAUGAACCUCCCCGUGAUCUCAGACUUUAUCAACAGUUCCAUCAAAACUGCCGCAAAGGAAUUCGUCGCUCCCUCAAACUACACACUAGACCUCUCCAAAAUCUUAGUUGGCGAAGACACCAAGAAAGCGCUUCUCGCAAUUGGCGUAUUGGUGGUUCACAUCAACUGUGCUGAGGCUAUCAGGGCUGCGGAUAUCAACGGGAAGAGUGAUUGUUAUGUUACAUUAAGCUACUCGAAAUACGCAAAGCCGUUGUGGAGCACGAGGAUUAUUUUUGGUGAUUUGAACCCUGUAUGGGAUGAGACUGCAGUGCUUCUGGUGAACGCAGAUGAAGUUAAAGCGUCAGAGAAGUUGAGUGUGACACUGUGGGAUUCGGAUAGGUUUACGGCGGAUGAUAUUGUUGGGAGGACUGAGGUGGAUGUGACAGAAUUGGUGAGGAACCGGGGACAAUUGAGCAAGAGGAGAGAUAGACUUCAGGGAUUUAAGGAUGGGCACUAUAUGCCAGGCCAUAUCAAUUGGUCCGUAGUCUUUCAUGGAAAGCGAGAUAUGAAUCAAGACCUAGCUACUAGUGGUGUUGAUGAGAGACUUCCGGGGGAUUUCGAGGAAUCUGAGGAAUUCAAGUCCAAAAACAGUAAAGUCGACUCUGAACAAGAAACCAGGGUUGGCUAUAUUCCACCUGACCCUGCCUUUCCCGCCGGUAUUCUUUCUAUUCAAAUACACAACAUUAUUGCCCUUGAACGACAUAGCACCACCGGCUCUAAAGGUCGCCCUGCAUCCCGCAGGGGUGGCUCCUCCAACAUGGAAGAAGAGGAAGCCGAUAACCUACCCUCCGCCUACUGCUCAAUCAUUCUCGACCAAGAGAAGAUCUACAAAACCCGUGUAAAGCCGAUGACCAGUAAACCAUUUUUUAAUGCCGGAACCGAGCGCUUCGUUAGGGAUUUCAAAGCAAGUACAGUACUGAUCGUAGUGUCUGAUUCAAGAAUGAGAGAGAUAGACCCUAUUUUAGGCGUCGUGGAAUUCAAGCUAAAGGAUGUCCUCAAAAACUCUAGCAUGAUUAGUAGAUACUACCCCAUGCAGGGCGGAAUUGGAUAUGGAAAGAUCCGUGUCUCGCUACUAUUUAGAUCAAUCGACGCACAGCUUCCGAGGCCACUUCUUGGAUCUAGCGUUGGCACGAUCCGGAUCAUAUCAAAGCACAUUUCCUCAGCUGGAAUUACUGAUAAGGAAGUCCGAGAAGCAGACUACAUCACCUUCCAGACCCCACUUGUCUCCAAACGUGCGCCCCAAAGCGAAAACAACAACGGUUGGAGCCCAGUUGGAUCAUCAAGAACAGGAUUCGGACUCGGUGUUCGGAACAGACACUCGGUCCCACUAAUUCUCUACUUCCGCCGAGACUCGAAACUCCGCCGGGAUAAAACUUAUGCGGCAGCAGUUUUGUGGCUGAAGGAUAUCCCAGACGAGGAGGACACAACAGUGAAACUAGAUGUAUACCAACCACAGGAUCUAGACGGGUUCAUCCAAAACUGCGGAGUGGAGGGUCAGGUACAGAAGCGCUGGGGAAAACACGUCGGGCACGUCGAACUAGUUGUACGUUUCCACCGGGGGCUAGCAAUGAACUCGCGCGCCCAUUUGCGUGCCGCGGAGCAGGAGAAGGACUUUGCGGAUGUCGUGGAGGCACAGCAAUGCUCUUCACGCGUUGACGGCGCUGGCGGCGGCGAGGAUGACGACGAAGACACUAGCGAGGUCUCAAGCGACGAGGGUGGUGAGACUGGCGGUAUCGGUGGGCUAAAGAGGCGGUUUUCGAAGAAAAGGGAUAUGCAGAGGGAGCUACACAAGAGGGAGAGAGGUGUGAUGCAGUGGAAAGGUGCGAGGACACUGGCAUGGGUGGGGAAGGGCGUGAAGGACGCAGGGAAAGGCGUGAAGGGGCAUUUUAAGAUGGAGCCGAGAAGACCUAAUGUCGAGACGGAGGUUCCGUAA